CCGUCUCUUCUUAUUCACUUGCUGCUAGUUAUAAGAAUCAGACAGAAGUUGCAGAGAAAAGAGAAUUAAUUGAUUGGUGUAAUGGAGAAGGCAGUUCAUUUAUCCACCAAAAAUGGACCCAAGGUUCCAGGAGAGCCAACGAAGACCGGAACCUCCAUGGUUGACACGGCAGCUUCAGCCGUACAAAGCUUCGCUCCGAUUAACCAAAUCCACCAACAUCUCUGCGCGUUUCAUUUCUAUGCAUAUGACAUGACCCGACAAGUGGAGGCACACCAUUUCUGUGGUCACAUCAACGAAGACAUGCGCCAGUGUCUGAUCUACGACGGUCCUGAUGCCAACGCUCGUCUGAUCGGUCUGGAGUACAUUGUGACAGAGAAGCUCUUUAUGACAUUGCCUGACGAUGAGAAGAAGCUUUGGCACACUCACGAGUGGGAAGUUAAAGGAGGCUUCUUGUUCAUGCCCGGUGUUCCCGAAGCUAUUCAACGGCAAGAUCUCGAAAAAGUCGCCAAGACUUAUGGGAAAGUUUACCAUUUCUGGCAAGUCGAUUUGGGGCAUCAGCUUCCCAUUGGCUUGCCUAAUAUCAUGAUGGCUGUUACUCGAGACGGACAACUUUAUCCGGAAAUGAUCAAGGAGACGGAAAAGCAAUUUGGAGUAUCGAUAGACAAGGAGCGAGAGUCAAGGGCUUAUAUGAAGGGUCCAGACCAUGGGAUCCAUCCCUUGGCAAAUGGAGGAGGCAAAGGCCUGAAGUUGGAGUUGCGAGAGGUUGACAUAAAGCCGGUUGAGUCCGUUCCAAGAGUCUUCGUUUAAGUUAUACUUAAAUAGACAACUUAAGAAGAAUAAAUAAAUAAGCGAUCGAGCUUUUCUUUUGUAUAGCCCUCCUCGAAUCAUGUGUAUAAGAUGUAAAAUACACUUGAAGUAGUAUAUUAUGGUGUCGUCUAGUGGUUUUAAAUAUUACGUCUUCAUGACUCCAGUUCAUUAUC